AACCGGCCAGGCUCCGCUCCGCCGGGGCUCGGGGGUCACCGCGGGGAGCGGAGGGACCGUGCUCCGACAGCGCCCGCCGUCCCCCGGAACCCCCGCGCGGCGGGCGCGUUCCCCGCCGAGCCCCGUCCCGUUGUUAUGACGACACGGCCGUAAAGCCGCCAUCUUGCGGCGCGUUGCGACACGGGGGCCGCGAUGGCAACGGGCGCGGGGCCGGCGGCGCUUACGGCAGAGGCGGCCGGGCCGGGCCGGGGCGCGGCGGCCGCGGGUUCCGCGCCCCCCGCCGCCCUCAUCGGCCUCCCGCCGCCCUUCGGCGAGCAAGACGAGGAUGACGUGCACAAGUGCGGGCGCUGCCAGGCGGAGUUCAGCUCGCUGCAGGAGUUCGUGCAGCACAAGCUGCAGAAGGGCUGCCAGCGCCCUCCGGACGCGCUCGCCGGACUCCUCGGCCAGGAGGGACAAAAGGUGGUUCCUGCUGUCGAGGAGUCCAUAACUGUUGCUCACAUCGUUGUUGAAGCAUCUUCCAUAGCAGAGGAGAUCAGCAGCGCCUCGGCCAUCGUAGGCAGUGGGCACAUCAAAGAGGUCAUUGUAGCAGGAGACCAUGUGUUUGAGAACCCGAAUGGCCACGUGGAUGGGGAGAUCAGUGAGGAGCAGGGCAGCCCCGAGGAGCAGGAGCAGGACAUUUCCACUGAGCUGAUCAAGGUCAAGCUGCAGGUGAACAAGGAAGGGCGAUACGUGUGUGAGCUGUGCCAGAAGACAUUUAAAACUGCCAGCAUCCUCAAAGCUCACAUGAUCACUCACAGCAGCAGGAAGGACUAUGAGUGUAAACUCUGUGGGACUUCCUUUAGGACAAAGGGGUCUCUGAUCCGACACCAUCGGCGGCACACGGAUGAAAGACCUUACAAAUGUAAGAAAUGUGGGAAAAGCUUCCGGGAAUCGGGAGCUUUGACUCGGCACCUUAAAUCUCUGACACCUUGCACUGAAAAAAUCCGCUUCAACAUGACCAAAGAAAUAGUUGUCAACAAAGAUGAUCUGCCAUCAGGAUCCUGCAGCUCCAACACAGACACGGUGUCCUCGAUAGCGAGCGAAUCCAUCGAGGCCUCCCCUGUCAUCCACCUCGUGACAGAUGCAAAAGGCAACGUGCUCCAUGAAGUCCAUGUCCAGAUGCAGGAACUUCCCGUGGUGGAUGCUAAAUCCCUGGAGCCAGAUCAGCCGCAUCCUGAGGAGCUGCCCUGUGAGGGGGAAGUGAACAGUGAGAACCUGCUGAGGCAGGCCAUGAGGAAUUCGGGAAUUGUCAUUGAGAGAGUGGCUGUGGAGGAGGUGCAGAAGCCGGAUGAACCUGUGGCAGCUGCUCCAGAAGAGCUGGAAAACAAAGGGGUGGAAGUAGAAGAGGAGCCAUGUGGGGAGCAGUGUGCUAAACUGGAAGGAGCAGAGUCUCAGACACCUGCAGAAAGAACCAACGGGUACAAACGUUAUGUUUGCUUUCACUGUAAUGAAGCCUUCAAUGAAGCUGCUGCCCUGGAAACUCACAGCAAGGGGCACACAGAGUACAAACCCUUCAAGUGUGAGGAGUGUGGCAAGGAGUUCACCAAGGGCUACCUGCUGAAGAAGCACCAGGAGGUGCACGUGAACGAGCGGCGGUUCCGCUGCGGGGAGUGUGGGAAGCUCUACAAGACCAUUGCCCACGUCAAGGGGCACCGGCGCGUGCACUCGGACGAGCGGCCCUACGCCUGCCCCAAGUGCGGCAAGCGCUACAAGACAAAGAACGCCCAGCAGGUGCAUUUCCGUACCCACCUGGAGGACAAGCCCUACGUGUGCCAGUUCUGCAGCCGGGGUUUCCGGGAGAAGGGCUCCCUGGUGCGCCACAUCCGCCACCACACCGGAGAGAAGCCCUUCAAGUGCUACAAGUGCGGGCGCGGCUUCGCCGAGCACGGCACCCUCAACAGGCACCUCAAAACCAAAGGUGGCUGCCUCCUUGCUAUGAAAGAGGUGGAAGAAGUGGUAGUGUCAGAGGAGAGUCAGUCUGCUGACAACUUGGCAGCCACGGUCCUUUCGGAAGAUCCACACACGGUCCUGGUGGAGUUCUCCUCGGUGGUGGCAGACACCCAGGAGUACAUCAUCGAGACUUCUACUGAGGACAUGGAGACCAGUGAGGCUACUGAAAUAAUAGAGGGAACAAGGCAUGAGGUCGACAGCCACAUCAUGAAGGUGGUGCAGCAGAUCGUGAACCAGGCCAACUCCGGCCACCAGAUCAUCGUGCAGAACGUCACCGUGGCCGAGGGCGCCGCGGCCGCCGACGCCGGCGACACCAUCACCAUCGCCACGCCCGAGAGCCUCACCGAGCAGGUGGCCAUGACCCUGGCCUCGGCCAUCGGAGACGGAGCCGUGCUGGCCACCGAGGGCGGGCUGGCCGCGCAGGAGGCCACCGUCACCAUGGUGGCGUCCGAGGACAUCGAGAUCAUGGAGCACGCGGGGGAGUUCGUGAUCGCCGCCUCGCAGGAGGGCGAGGUGGAGGUGCAGACCGUGAUCGUGUGAGGGAGGGGCAGCUGCAAACGGCCCGGCUGCUCCAGGCUGACCUGGCCUGCUCAGACAGCGAUGGGGAAUGUUCUGGAGGGAGGUGGCUUCGUGGGACAGCGCAGAUCCAAAAUGGGACAGGGCAGACCCAGAACGGGACAGGGCAGACCCAGAACAGGACAGGUCAGACCCAGAACCGGACAGGUCAGACCCAAAAUGGGACAGGUCAGACCCAAAAUGGGACAGGGCAGACCCAGAACAGGACAGGUCAGACCCAGAACGGGACAGGGCAGACCCAAAAUGGGACAGGGCAGACCCAGAACAGAACAGGUCAGACCCAGAACCGGACAGGUCAGACCCAGAACCGGACAGGUCAGACCCAGAACAGAACAGGUCAGACCCAGAACCGGACAGGUCAGACCCAAAAUGGGACAGGUCAGACCCAGAACAGGACAGGUCAGACCCAGAACGGGACAGGUCAGACCCAGAACAGAACAGGUCAGACCCAGAACCGGACAGGUCAGACCCAAAAUGGGACAGGUCAGACCCAAAAUGGGACAGGGCAGACCCAGAACAGGACAGGUCAGACCCAGAACCGGACAGGUCAGACCCAAAAUGGGACAGGUCAGACCCAAAAUGGGACAGGGCAGACCCAGAACAGAACAGGUCAGACCCAGAACAGGGCAGACCCAAAAUGGGACAGGGCAGGCCUGAGGUGUUCUCAGUCUAAAACCAGUAUAAUGAGUUAAACCCUGGGUCUGGUCACACUGAGGAGACUGACAGGUCACAAGUGACAUUCAGUAUUAUGUACAGCAGCCUCGAAUUAAGGAAAAUCCUUUGGGAAUCAGCUCUUUGCCCAUGGGACAGCAGUGGUCUGGUUUUUAAAAGGAUUCAGAAAGUGUAGCAAAUAUGUGGGGUCUCACAAGGAAUUAUUUCAAUAUAUGCAUUUAAAACAAGUUGAGAAAACCAAGCCUAAGGAGUUGUGGUGUCUGUUGAGCACCACUGAAACACUCUCAUGCCUUUAACCUCACUCCUUCAGGCCUCCCAAGGCAUGGUACUGCAGUAUUUCUCUUUUCUUUGAUAUCCUGGACAAGUAGCCUUAUGUACUGGUCUAUGAAUGCAUCAUUGUACCCUGCAAUGCCAGCCAGGCUGCUCUGAGAGCCAGCCUGGGGGCUGGAAAGCCAUAUUGUAUAGGAAUUUGUUUUUUUUAAACCAUAUGUGGAUUUUUAAUUGCAUAUUGUACAGAUUCAGCAUGUAAAUAAAUACAUUUUUAAAAAUAAAA